GGGCUCCGGGGGGAAUCACCUUGACAUGUCAUUCGCAUUUGAGCCGGCGUUGCAGCUACACAUGACUACCGAAGCAGUGAUUUCCGCGAUCUUGAAAGUGUGUGAAUUUUGAAUACAAUAAACAAAUUUCAUAACAAUGGGUGGAAAAUGGUCCGCAAUGGAUCCGAUGCAAGUCGAAGUACCUGAACUGAAAACUCUACUGGAAAGGGAUCCGUACUUGGCGCCGUACGAGAAGGAGAUUCGGAAGAGAUAUGCGAUAUUCAAAGACUACAUGGAAAAAAUUGAGGAGGCGGAAAAGGAUUUUGAUCAAUUCUCAUUGGCAUACAAACACUUUGGAGUUCAUAUUAACCCGGACAACAGUGUAACGGCUUUGGAAUGGGCGCCGGGAGCUAAAGAACUUUUUCUUACCGGCGACUUCAAUGGUUGGGAUCGCACUAAGACGCCGUAUAAAAAACUCGAUUAUGGAAAAUGGGAGUUGAAACUGGAGCCAAAUCUUGACGGUUCUAGUCCCAUUCAACAUUUGUCAGAAGUUAAAGUUAUUGUCAGAAAUAACAACGGCGAAUUACUGGAAAGACUGAGCCCUUGGGCAUCUUACGUUACUCAACCGCCAAACCGCUCUGAAGGUACAACUUUCAAGCAAAGAAUAUGGCAUCCAACUGAUGACAAGAUCUACAAGUUUAAAUAUCCAAAACCAAAACGACCCAAGAGUCUAAGGAUAUACGAAUGCCACGUGGGAAUUGCGACUCAGGAAUUGCGAGUCGGGUCGUAUUUAGAGUUCGCAAAAAAUAUCAUACCCAGAAUUGUUAAGCAAGGUUACAAUUCCAUCCAGUUAAUGGCAAUCAUGGAACAUGCUUAUUACGCCAGUUUUGGAUAUCAGGUGACCUCAUUUUUUGCAACCUCCUCGCGUUAUGGAACGCCUGAAGAGUUGAAGGAGUUGAUAGAUGAAGCUCACAAGCACGGAUUAGUAGUUCUGUUAGACAUAGUUCAUUCUCACGCUUCGAAGAACACCUUGGAUGGAUUGAAUGAGUUCGAUGGAACAGAUUCUUGCUUCUUUCACUCAGGCUCCAGAGGUGAACAUCCUCUGUGGGGUAGUCGCUUAUUCAAUUACGCGGAAUUUGAAGUUGUCAGAUUUUUACUAUCAAAUUUACGUUGGUAUGCUGAAGAGUUUGCAUUCGACGGAUUUAGGUUUGACGGCGUCACGUCCAUGUUGUACCAUUCUAGAGGGAUGGGACAAGGAUUCAGUGGUCAUUACGACGAAUAUUACGGUCUCAAUGUAGACGUUGAAGGAGUAGUUUAUCUAAUGAUGGCUAAUCAUGUGCUGCAUAAACUUUAUCCUGAAAUGAUAACUAUUGCCGAGGAUGUUAGUGGAAUGCCGGCAAUUUGCAGGCCAGUCACAGAGGGAGGAGUAGGCUUCGAUUACCGCCUAGGAAUGGCGCUUCCUGACAAGUGGAUUAAAUUGUUGAAGGAAUGUAAAGACGAGGAUUGGAAUAUGGGAGACAUUUGUUGGACAUUGAGCAAUCGUCGCUGGAUGGAGAAAACCGUGGCUUAUUCAGAGUCCCACGACCAAGCACUGGUCGGCGAUAAAACAAUCGCCUUUUGGUUGAUGGACAAGGAAAUGUACACGCACAUGAGCGAGCUAAGCCCACCGAGCAACCUCAUCUCGCGUGGAAUUGCUCUCCACAAUCUUAUUACUUUGAUUACUCACGGACUUGGCGGCGAAGCUUAUCUCAAUUUCAUGGGUAACGAGUUUGGUCAUCCUGAGUGGCUAGAUUUUCCUCGGGCGGGAAACGGAGACAGUUACCACUAUGCAAGGCGGCAAUGGAACCUUGUAGAAGACCCAAUGCUUAAAUAUAAGUACAUGAAUAAUUGGGACCGAGAAAUUAAUCUUUUGGAAGAAAAACAUGGCUGGCUGCAUGCAAACCCUGGCUAUGUAAGCUGGAAACAUGAGGAUGACAAAGUGAUAGUAUUCGACCGAGCAGGACUUGUGUUUGUCUUUAAUUUUCAUCCGACAAAGUCAUUCCCUGAUUACGCUAUAGGCGUGAACGAACCUGGAGUUUAUCAGAUAUUACUGAGCAGUGAUGAUACUCAGUUUGGUGGCGAAAAUCGCAUUGAUACCAGCGUCAAGCAUUUCAGUAAACCAGAACCAUUUGCCAACCGUCCGCACAGACUUUAUGCCUAUGUUCCUUGCCGUACAGCUAUAAUUUUAAAUCGAGGUAAGAAAUCAAUUUUCCAGUGAUUUGAUUUGACUUUAAAAGAUAAGAGCAAACUUCACAUUCGGGAUACUGAUAAUUUUAAUUUUUAUGUUUCAGAAUCCUGAUUACAGUUACGUAAAUUAGAUACUUUCAUAUUUUGAGAGUAACAUUACGGAACUGUUGCAACGCUUGUUUGAAUAAUCAAAAUAAUGAUGUGCGCAAAUUUAACUUUUCAACUUACUUUUGUAAGUACUUGAGAAUUGCGCAUACAUGCAUGAAGAGUGUGAAUGUAAUAUAUAAUACAGAAAACGCACAACGAAUUUGGUACAAGACCGCAGAAUGUCUUAGAUUUCUUUUUUGCUAUUGGAAAGAAAUCUUGAACGAAGAUUUGAUGAUAUCAAACCAGCUUAGCUCACGUUUUUUACAACAUCAUGUCUUAUGGUAAAUUCGAUGUAUAUGUACAAAGAAUUAUUGUACAAAAAUUAAUUGCAAAUGGUUUUUUAGUUCUUGUAUAAUAUGAGAAGUUACCAUUGACAGAAUAAUAAAUUUUUGGGAAAUAAUAUGCAUUAAAUGACCUAUACUAUGUCCUUCAACGUAAAAAUUACUAUAACAACAAAACAAAAAAAAAUGUUGCAGUGUUCGCACGCAUGAUAACUUGACAUUCAUACCGCCCAAAAUUGCAUCGAAAGUUAUCUAUUUUAUUUACAUCAUUCCAAUUUUAUGCUUCCGUAAGUAUCGUGUAUGAAUAUUUGACGAUUGCAGGAUAAUUCAAUGUAAUUAAGAAUACAAAACUCUCUACUUACAUUAGUAUACUAAAUUCUUUAGCAAAUCAUCAUCAUCAUCAAUGUAAUAUUUACAUCAGACUUCACAAAGCCACACUACUUCUAUUUUUAUAAACCUGCAAUGCAAUUAAUUAUUUACAGUUUAUAUACUUAAUAUUAAUCGUUUAUUGCACACUGUCUACUAUCUAGAAAAUCGUGUAACAUGCUAAUAGCGCCGGUAUUAUGUAGUAAUGCAUAAUUAAUUAUAAUUUUUAAUUACUACACUUAGAAAUUAAAUAAUUGUUAUCUACACUGGAUGAGGGGUUAAUCUUCCGCAAAGGACCAGAUAAUUGCAAUAUAUAUAUAUAGAAUUCGUGUUUCUCUUAUCUGUCGGUAAAAAAAAAUCGUUUUUAUACGGAAAUAUCUGGAUAAUUCACCCGUUCGGAAAAAAUAGUUAGUUGAUUUGCAAGGCGAUAUUAAAGAUUUAAAUACCAUCAGUGAAGACUGAACAUUACAAACAUUGCAGUUCCUUAAUGAAAGAUAUUUUUCAGAUGAUUCAAGUCUUACUGUAAUGACAGAUUUAAUACUACUAAUUCCAAUUACGUUACUUUACAGUUACUAUUGAUUAUGUAAUAA